UUAUAUUACAAUACAGUAGUUGACUUGUGUUAAAAUAAACUUAUUGAUAAUUAAUUACUAAUAAUCGAUAUGCUGUGCAAUAUUAAAGUCAAACACAUAUCUAUAUAUUAUUUGAUAUAAUCUAACAUAUUCUCAGAUAUUAUCCAUUGAUAUAGUCAUUAAACCAAUCUAUAGUAACCAAACAAACUAAUCAUUGAUUAUUUCUUUGUUUUUUGAGAAAAUUAAAUUGAAAUUUAUCGAUACAAUGGUAAAGGAAACGGUAUAUUAUGAAAUGCUUGGUGUAAAACCCAACUGUUCACCGGAUGACUUGAAGCGUGCAUAUCGUAAGUUAGCCCUUAAGUAUCACCCGGACAAGAACCCAGACGAAGGCGACAAAUUCAAACUGAUUAGUCAGGCGUAUGAUGUGUUGUCCGACGAGAAGAAACGUCGUGUCUAUGAUGAAGGCGGCGAACAGGCCAUUAAAGAUGGAUGUAAUGGAUCGACGUCACCGAUGGAUAUAUUUAAACAUUUUUUUGGUUUCGAUGACUCAGAAAAAGGUCCAAAACCUGUCGUCUAUAAAAUGGGUGUAACACUUGAAGACUUGUAUAAUGGUACCACUCGUAAGCUAUCGAUACAGAAGAAGGUGAUCUGUGGACAAUGCAAAGGAAGUGGUAUUAAAACUCCAGGUGUAGGACCCGCACGGUGUAUAAGUUGUCGCGGUAAUGGUAUGCAAAUUGGUAUUGAAUAUAUAGGUCCCGGAAUGGUUCGCAGAUUUCAAUCAAUUUGCUCCGAUUGUAACGGAAGUGGUCAACAAAUUGCAUACAAAGACCGGUGCAAACAAUGCGAUGGAAAUAAAGUUUGCAAAGAAACUAAACUUCUUGAAGUUUAUAUUGAAAAAGGUAUGAAAAAUGAACAAAGAAUUACGUUCACCGGUGAGGGCGAUAUGAAACCUAAUGAUGGAGUGGCCGGUGAUGUCAUUGUGAUAUUGAUUAUGAAAGAACAUAAAGUCUUUAAAAUAAUUGGUACUCAAGAUCUGUCAAUUGAUAUCAAUCUAAGUCUAACAGAAGCGUUGUGUGGAUUUAAAAAAACUAUCAAAACUCUGGAUAAUCGGACACUAGUGUUGAAAUCAUUGCCCGGAGAUGUCAUAAAAGAUAGAGAAGUUAAGUGUGUGUUGAAUGAAGGUAUGCCUCGACAUAAAAAUCCAUUUGAAAAGGGAAAACUCAUUAUACACUUUAUGGUGGAGUUUCCCAAACAAAUUAAUCCCAAGUUUGUGCCUCAAUUGGAGAAUAUAUUACCCCAUAAAACAUCCAGAGAUUUGCCAUCCAGUGAUGAACCGGUCGAAGAAGUAAUACUCGAAGAUUUUGAAAGUGAACAACAAAAGACUGAUUUCGAUGAUUAUGACGAUGAAGACAAACAACACAUGCAAUGCGCCACUCAAUAAAAAAACAUUUUUAUUAUAUAAUUGUUUAACAGAUUUAAUAUAAUGAC